UAAUGCGCGCAUACCUGCACACCAGCCCGGUGGAGACUAUAAAUACAGGGACGAUCCGGUACUGUCUCAUUCAGAGUUUGGCUCGUGAUCUGAGAACUUGGAACCUAAUUGAUUGUUACAAAACGCAAUAGGAAAACUAUAAAAUGGCUUCUGAAAGAAUCGAUGGCGCUUUGGCUUUGCUUAAGAAAGAAUUGAGAGAAAUGAGAAACCAGGACGUUGUCAUUAUGAAACAGUUGAUUGGCCUAACCAAUACGCUGAAAGCAAUGAAUGGGUCCUCGGCGAAAUCCAGCCUCAGCAGAAAUCCCAGUCGAUGUUCCCUGACUUCCAGGAAAUCCAGCAUGGACUCGCUCCUGUCGGCCUCCAGCGACAGUCUCCAUUCAGCAAUCUCAGAAGGGGAGAGCAGUGUCUCCUCCAGGGGCCUUCCGUCGGUUGCCACGACUCUACCGGAAGCUGAACUCACGGAGAGUCAGUACCGCGGGAUCCUGAUGACAAACGUCAAACUAUGGAAGUACUCUCAGGCAGAUGAGGCCUCUAUCUCGUCCGAUUUCUCAGACCAGGAGGACGAUGUAUGAAAGACCGAUCAAACGGAGCUGUUCCCGACUCCUCUGGAGUUAUCGAUAGUAAUUCCGGACUACUAAAUAGUUUUAGUGAGAGUUUCCGGACGACGGACAAUGUGGCGGACUUAACGCCGCACAGAUAAAGCCGAGACAGACGAUGUCCUCGGGUAGACGGUUGUAUUGAUGGCCGAUACGUACAUUGACAGUUAUCACAGGUUUAGGAGCCUGUAUCGGUUUUAUACGAUCAAAAAGAGACUGCAGUUUAUACAUAGUAUACAUUGUAUAAAUACUUGUAAGCACAAUUGCUGUACAACAAUGUGCUGUCUCAUUUUCAUGGUCAUCAAGGAAAAAUAAAGCUUUUGUAUAAAGUGA